AUGGGUGUGCCUUCGGAGCGCACUGGAGGUGACGGGUCAUCAUCUAACCCUCGAAGAACUGGCGGCAGUCAAUCUAUCGCUCGAGUUGCUAAUCCUCAAGGCCACGACGAGCAAUCGCCUCUUCUAAGCAAUAAUGCCGAUGUCGCCAAUACCCAUGGAGAAGAAGAUGAUUCACAGACUACUAAGAGUAUAUGGUAUAUGCUCCUGUUGACCAUCAGCAUUGGUGGUCUUCAGAUUGCAUGGUCCGUUGAACUUUCCAACGGUUCACCAUACCUCUUGUCCCUAGGACUGAGCAAGUCCCUCAUGGCUCUUGUUUGGAUUGCAGGUCCCUUGACAGGUACGCUCGUUCAGCCAUACGUCGGUAUGCUGAGUGACAACUGCCGCUUGCCUAUGGGAAAGAGAAAGCCAUUCAUGAUUGGAGGAUCUAUCGCAACAAUCCUUUCCCUUUUGUUCCUUGCUUGGGCCAAGGAGAUCGUCGCCAGUGCAUCCAACAUCCUUGGUUUUGAUCCCCUCUCUCAAGGUGUCAAGACCACAACCAUUGUGGUUGCAGUCAUUGGCGUUUAUGUUCUCGACUUUGCCAUCAACACUGUUCAAGCAUCAAUUCGAGCCUUUAUUGUCGACUGCGCCCCGGCUCAUCAACAAGAGUCUGCCAAUGCCAUGGCUAGUCGAAUCACCGGAUUCGGCAACAUCGUAGGAUACAUCGCUGGAUACGUCGACCUGACUCGACACCUCGGGUUCCUUGGGAAGACACAGUUCCAGAUCCUAUGUGCUAUCGCAUGUGUUGCCCUUGCUUUGACUGUUUUUGUGAGCACGGCCAUCAUCAAGGAGCGAGACCCCCGCCUCGACGGACCUGCCAGCAAAGAGAACCACAGCGUUUUCUCUUUCUUUUUCACCAUCUUCAAGUCGAUCAAGCGCCUUCCACCCCAGAUCAAGAGGGUGUGCGAGGUGCAGUUCUGUGCCUGGGUUGGUUUCUUCCCUCUGCUGUUCUACACGUCCUCCUACAUCGGAGAAAUCUACGUCGAACCAUACCUCGAGGCGAACCCCCACAUGUCCCCGGAGCAACUCAACAAAUUGUACGAGCAAGCGACCCGAAUCGGUACAUUUGCACUCCUCAUCAACUCCGUCGUGAGCUUACUCACCAAUGUCUUCUUACCUUUUUUCAUUGCCCCGACGUACGACAGCCAGCCUGCCAUAGGCGCCCCAGGGGAAACCCCAGCUGCAGGCUAUUACGAUGAGGAGGAGGACGAGAAGCCCUCGUGGCUUGAUAGAUUGGCAAUUCCCGGCCUUACCCUCAAGCGCGCUUGGUUCCUCUCGCUUCUUCUCUUCGCCGGAUGUAUGUUUGCUACACUCUUCGUACGAACUGUAAAGGCGGCUACUGUGCUGAUUGGUCUCGUUGGUGUUACUUGGGCUAUGACAUUGUGGGCUCCCUGGGCCAUCAUCAGUGCUGAGAUCAGCCAGAGAGAUGCUCUGAUCCGUGCCCAGAAGAUACGACAAGCGGCUGCCAGAGCAAACAACAACGGAGUUGCGGAUGAGGAAGAGGAAGAAAUUGACCAGGCUGGAGUCAUUCUUGGCAUCCACAACAUGGCGAUCGCGGCUCCCCAGAUCAUAGCUACUGUUGGCUCCAGCAUCAUUUUCAAGCUUUGGCAGAAGCCACGAGGUACACCAGGAGAUCACAGUAUCUCCAUUGUGUUCGCUCUCGGUGGAAUCUGCGUUUUGGUUGCUUCGUUCUUUGUGGCCAAGAUCAAGGAUGACUCCACCACGCCACCCGAUGCCGUGGCUGAUGCCGAGCAGGGCCAGAGCGGAACUGGUGCUGAUCCAGCGCGCCGACCUCUGAACAGACGCAAGUCCACCAAGGAGCAGCUCCCCAGAGCAACCCAGGCCCGGGCCGGACUCAUACGACACAAGAGUUUCGGGGGUGCUGAGAUGCACUAA